UUACUAAAUUCCCGAAGAUCCGAACUCCGAAAGUCUAGCAAGGAAGUACUUGCGAAGGGUGGAUCGUGAAGUUUAUCACUUAAUUUUUGGUAAAAAAUGGCCAAAGCAUCGUUGUCAACACAAUUUAGGAAAGUAGAUGUGGAUGAAUUGGACGAAAAUCUUUUUCAGGAUGAGCAGGGGGAAGAUGGCACAGAUAGCGGGCCAAAUGAAAGCGAAGUGAACAGCUUGAUUUUACAAAAAAACAAUAAAGACGCUUUAAAAGCAACACUCUGUAAUCCUCCAAUAGCUUCAAAGAAUCAAGCUGCUAAAGACAAAGCAUUUAAUUUGGUGAUGAGAGUAUUGCAAGCCUUCAAAUCAAGUGAAAUUGAUGCAGGAUUGAAAGUCCUUGAUAAAGAAGAAGUAGAUAUAUUAAUGCGAUAUAUAUAUCGAGGUUUUGCUCAAGCGUCAGACAGUGCUAGUGCCAUCCUUUUAACGUGGCAUGAAAAGGUUGUGGCCAUUGGAGGUAUUGGUACGAUUGUACGAGUUAUGACUGAUAGGAAAUCUGUGUAAUAGCUGCUGUAACCAAUUCCUCAAAUAGUUUUUUAGAGAAUAUAACAAUUCACAAAACUCAACCAUUUACAAUUGUUUUAAAUGUAAACAAUCAGUAUAUUUGCAUUGUAUGGCCAUUGUAUUGUGAAUAAAUCAUACAAAAUACAAGUUUACAUUGUAAAGCUGAAGUUAUUACACAAAGUAAAACAUAUUCAUGGAGAAAAUGACUAAAUAAACAGAUCAUUUGAAACAAAAAAA